GAAGCUGCCAGGCGGAGCAGGUGGGGCGCUAGGGAGCUUCCGACUCUAGGUCUUACAGCCUUGACGCCUUAACGCCUCGACGCCUUAAGCUACUACGCGCCAGCCGUCAUUCUUGCUCAUCCUCAAUCACACCAUGCCACGGUCGGCACACCUGGCGCGCCGGCGGGCGAAGAAAGACAGCACGAAACUGUCGGUCGAUUUCAUCAACGACCUGUCGUGGAACCUCGAUGAGGAGGCCGGCAAUGAUGGAAGCCCGCACCCCGACGAAGAGCAGCAUGCGACUUUAGCCAACCACGACACCAAUGCUGACGAUACAUAUGUUCGCUCAAAACCACACAGAGAACUGUCACCAAAUGACUCGCGACGGGAGAAUUUAUUCGAAUUAACCCAGCCUCCAAAACCCGCUGCUGUACCAAUCAGGCGUUCGUCGCGUCUCAAUCAGAAUGCACCAGCUAUACAGGCAUCAUCGGAUGAGACCAAAUAUCGUAUGAGUUUGAUUCAAGAUGGUAGCCCGCCGUUUGUCGACGAUCAAGAUGAAGAGGAUGACGAAGAAGACGAUCAAGAACAAGAAGAGGGUACAGGUGAAGAGAAUGGAGUGGAAGAUCAGUAUGAAGGGAACGUGGAGGUGAAGGAGAGUCAGGCUGAGGGAGAAGAUGAGAGCAGCAGUGGAAGGGAAGAUGAGGAACACCAGCCGUCUUCUGAUAGCAUCAGCAUCAUAUCGGAGUCGGCCAAGCAACUAAGCCAAGCUCUUGACGCUGAUGGUAUUCGCGCUACUGAAGCCGCAUUCGAGUCUCAAGCUACUGUCAGGGAGACUGAAAGAGUGCCUGAUCGUGUUGUAGUUGUAGUUGGCAAUACAAUGGAUACUCGACACGACGACGACGAUAAUCAAACCGAUGGACGCGAUUUUGCUCAAGCGGGCCAAGAUGGAACGCAGCAAUCGGAAGAUGAAGAAUCAUCGGACGAGGAGUAUUCUGCCGAAGAAAACGAAUCUGAGGAUGGGCAAUCUGACAGGGACCAAGGAAGCUUCAGAACCCCGCCCCAGCAACACGGGGAUCGUGGGAAACGAAGAGCUGACUGUGAACCUGCACUGGAAGUGAAUGUUGUGAAUAGCAACGGUUUCCGAAUGAGUUCGCAGAAUGGAUAUAUGAGACAAAUAUACGAAACAGGAUUCUCAACAGUCCAGUCUACAGGCACGAAAAGAAAGGCUGAGCAGCCCGUGAACACACUAGCAUCGAAGAGCCAGCGUAUAUAUAGUCAAACAGGCAAUGCAGCUCCAUCUAGUUCGAGAGUCCAGCAGACCCAAGUACUAGCUGACUGGGGGGACGAAGAGCAAGAGACCAGGAGUGACCAGGCGGUGGAUGCCCCAGAUUCACUCUUCGAGGUUGCGGCCCAGGUAAUGGGUCUUCGACGAAGCUGGAAGCGUUUUCUAGACGCUUGCCACGAUAUACAAACAAGGAACUCCCAUAGUACGCAGCGAUAUCUUAGCAUACAGAGCCUUCAACAACAGAUAUCUACCCUGCGAGGGGUCUACAAACAAGUGCAACGAGAUCGGUCCGCUGGAAUAGUUUAUAUCGACUUGUGGGAUGAUCUCCAGUCUCAACUUGAGCUCGUGAGGAACAAAUCUGACCUCGUUCUCUCCAGGACUAUUAAACGGGCCAAUGCUGCUGCACAGUCGAACGACUGGGAGAUGAAGAAAGAAGCGUCUGCACUCGGCCAGCAAAUUUCCGUGCAUAUUGUUACUGAUCUGGGUGAUUUGGCUAAGGAGUGUUUGAAGGCGCACUAUUCGGACUCAACGCUCACGGAUGGGGGAUUUACUGCAGUACUGAACAUUCUGAGCAUUAUUUACCGGCUUGACAGCAAGAUUUUCUCCAUGAGAAGCUGCUCACUGAUCAAUACCAUUGACGUUUGUCGGGAGAUGCGCGCGUCACUGAGCAGUCUUUGGGCAAGACUGAGCGAGGGAGAAUACCAUGCCAACCGCCAGAGAACCUCACAACCACCUCUCCCUCGACAGCGAUGGACAGAAGAAAAGGAAAUUGCUAUUAUUGAUGGCCUACGAGAGUACGAAGGCGAUGGUCUCCGGUACCAGUACCUCGUGGAAGACUACCCCGAUCUCGCUGUACACACGGAGCAAGAACUGCGGAUGAAAGCCAAGGAGCUGUAUGACAGUUAUCUCGAGGCGAAAAACAUACCUUUGACAUGGCUGCUUUGAGUGGUAUAAGCGCUGGCGUUCUGGUUUACGUACUUGAUACCCUUUCCCUUAGUCUAUUUGCAAACUGAAUUAUCUACUUCGAUACAGCAUACUCGCAGCCUGCAGUAGCAUAGCAUAUAUUUCGUGUCUGUUCACUCCCUAGUACAGGGUAAAGCGUAGACUCUCUAGUCAGGAACAGACUUUGGCGGUCUCCACUACCAACCAGGGUUCCUGAGCGGCACCAUUAUUCUACCAUCACUCUACCUCGUUGCUACUGCGGUCCUAUCUAGAAGGUCAUAUGUAUUGUAUAUGAUGAGGAUAUCGGCCUAGCCUCGCAAUGGCUAUGAUAAUAUGAUUUACCUAAUCGACUCGCUGUGCUGUGCUGUAGCGUGUCGAUCUGCGCCAGCUGGCACGAUGCGUGG